AUGAAGGGGAGCAGCACCCUCCUGCUGGCGGCCGCCGCCCUGCUCUGCACCUGCGGGCUGGCCUCGGAGGAGGAGGACACUGCGUUCUUCAUGGACUUCCUGCAAACGCUGCUGGUGGGGGACCCGGAGGAGCUCUACUCGGGGCCCCUGAGCAAGUACGACGUGAGCCCGGCCUGCAAGGAGGCGCUGACCGAGCUCAAGUCCUGCAUAGACAACCUGCAGCCCGCGCACAAGGCGGAGCUCAUCAAGCUGCUGGUGGCUGUGCUGGGCUGA